AUGGAUGAACUACAGAAGUUAGAACAUCUGUCGUUGGUAUCGAAAGUUUGUACGGAAUUAGACAAUCAUUUAGGUUUGAAUGACAAGGAUGUAGCUGAAUUUGUCAUUUCCUUGGCUGAUAAAAAUGAAACUUUUGAGAAAUUCAAGGCAGCACUGAUUGAAAAUGGGGCAGAAUUUUCUUUGAUGUUAGAUGCAGACUAUGAAAAGAAAGAAGACACAAAAGUUGCCAAUGAAAUGAUGGGAGAAUUGGAAGCACUAUUUGGAAAACCAGAAGAAGUAAAACCUAAAAAGUCUUCAAGGAACAGUUACAGUGAACAUGAAAAGAAAAGAAAUAGAUACGAUUCACCUGAUAGGCACCAGAGAUCACGCAGCCGAUCCCCAGCUGAAAGAAAACGUAGCAGAUCACCUUUUGACCAUCGUCACAGGUCCUCUCCCGAACAUCGUCACAGGUCCCCACCUGACCAUCGACACAGGUCCUCUCCCGAACAUCGUCACAGGUCCCCACCUGACCAUCGACACAGGUCCCCACCCGACCAUCGACACAGGUCCCCUUCCGACCAUCGUCACAGGUCGCCUCCCGACCAUCGUCACAGGUCCCCUCCCAACCAUCGGCACAGAUCUCCACAUGGCAGAAAACGCAGUAGGUCACCUCGAGAUCGAUGUCGUAGCCGUUCUCAAGAAAGACAUUCCAAGCGAUCGUCAGGUAGAGACAGAUCCCCUCGGAAAUAUAGAGAUAAAUCCCCUAAAUCUUUUAAAUCAAGUCGAAGUCCUAGCCGAGGUGAGAAAGAUUAUAAAAGAAAAGAUAUUGAACGUGAUCAACUUAAAGAGAGAAGCAGUGAUUUGCCAAUGGAACCUUGUUGUGGACAGUUACGGCGUGAAGGACGAGUCACAAAUGUGAAUGAAGUUGUGCAGAGAGGACAAAAAGUGAAAGUGAAAGUUUUGUCUUUCACGGGAAAUAAAACCAGUUUGUCAAUGAAGGAUGUGCAUCAGGAAACUGGGGAAGAUCUCGAUCCAGAACGGACGUGUCGUUUAGUUGGAGGAGAAGUCAAGGAUGAUGAAACUCGGGCACGUAAUCCUGAUCGUCCAUCAUCAAUGCCUCUGAUUAACAUGCCUGAAGCUGAAGAUGCAGUUGUUGACCGACAUCGAGUCAAACGGAUUUCUUCUCCAGAGCGUUGGGAAAUCAAACAAAUGAUGGCAGCAAAUUGUGUUGAUAAAUCUGAACUUCCAGAUUUUGAUGAAGAAACUGGCCUCUUGCCAAAAGAUGAUGACUCUGAUGAAGACAUUGAAAUUGAACUUGUAGAAGAAGAACCUCCAUUUUUACAGGGACAUGGCAGACAAGGAGGCCUUGAUUUAAGUCCUGUUAAAAUUGUAAAAAAUCCAGAUGGUUCUUUGUCUCAAGCUGCUAUGAUGCAAACAGCUUUACAAAAAGAACGAAGAGAAUUAAAACAAGCUCAAAGAGAAGCUGAAAUGGACAACAUUCCGGCUGGAUUAAAUAAUCACUGGAUUGAUCCAAUGCCAGAAGUUGAAGGCCGGAAACUUGCAGCUAAUAUGCGAGGAAUUGGCAUGAUGCCUAAUGAUGUUCCAGAGUGGAAGAAACACAUUACGGGAGGGCCAAAAGCUUCUUAUGGAAAAAAAGAAAAGAAAUCAAUUCUUGAACAAAGACAAAGUUUACCAAUUUAUAAAUUGAAGGAUGAAUUAACUAAGGCUGUAAAUGAUAAUCAGAUUCUAAUUGUCAUUGGGGAAACGGGUUCUGGAAAAACAACACAGAUUACCCAAUAUUUAGCUGAAGCUGGCUACACAGUGCGAGGAAAAAUUGGUUGUACGCAACCAAGACGUGUGGCUGCAAUGUCUGUUGCCAAAAGAGUUGCUGAAGAGUUUGGAUGUCGUCUGGGACAAGAGCCUAUAUUCACAAUUCCUGGUCGUACGUAUCCAGUUGAAAUACUUUAUACAAAAGAAUCUGAGACUGAUUAUCUUGAUGCUGCCAUGAUUACUGUCAUGCAAAUACAUUUAAUGGAACCGCCAGGUGACAUUCUGCUAUUUCUUACUGGUCAGGAAGAAAUUGACACAGCCUGUGAAAUCUUGUACGAACGAAUGAAAGCACUUGGUCCAGAAGUUCCUGAACUUAUUAUUCUUCCUGUGUAUAGUGCAUUACCAAGUGAAAUGCAAACACGUAUUUUUGAACCAGCUCCACCAGGAUCAAGAAAGAUGGCUGAAUUCCCUCUGGAACCAAUGCUGUCGAAAAUGUUGAUCAUGUCGGUACACUUGGCUUGCAGUGAUGAAAUUUUAACUAUUGUCUCAAUGUUGUCUGUGCAGAAUGUGUUUUAUCGGCCAAAGGACAAACAAGCCUUAGCUGACCAAAGAAAAGCCAAAUUCCAUCAGCCUGAAGGUGACCAUUUGACAUUACUGGCUGUCUAUAACUCAUGGAGAAACAAUAAAUUCUCCAGUCCAUGGUGCUAUGAGAACUUUGUUCAGAUCCGAACAUUGAAACGAGCUCAGGAUGUCCGCAAACAAAUGUUAGGAAUUAUGGACAGAGGUUUCUCCAAGAGUACAGGCAGUCUUUGUGUAGCCAUUUCAUCUAUCACGUUGGUGCCUGUUGUUUUGACACAGGCACUUGAAUUCAUGGUUGUUUUAAUAGAAAACAAAAGUAUACCUGAAAAUAUGUCGUUGCUCUCUUCUUGUGACCCUGUGGCAGACUCUUUCCCCCCCCCCCAAAAUCCCAAUUUAACUCAUUAUUAA